GCGGGACCGGGGCCCCCAAGCCCCCUUGCCCCCGGCAGGGUUGGGCCCAGAUGGGGCAGCCCCCGCCCCUGCGCGUCCCUUCCAGGGUCCCCCGGGGUCCCCCUCCCCCGCUCUGUGCUCCCCAGGGAGCCCCCGGGGUUCCCCUCUCCGUGCUCCCCAAAGGUUCCUCUGCCCCCCGCCCUGGCUGAUCCUUACCGCGUUACUUCUCCCUGCUCCUCCCACCCCCCGGAGUUCCCCGCUCGGAGCCCCCGCCCAGGCACCCUGCUCUGGGGCCCAGUGGGUGCGGGCGGGGGGCUGGGAGCCAGGACUCCUGGGUCCUCUCUCUGGCUCUGCCACCUAGCCGUUAUUUGCUGUUUUGUGGAAGUCGCUCCCCCCCCCCCCCCGCUCUGCGCUUCCCUUCCCUUCUCUGUUUAAUGGGGUUAGCGACACGGAGUGGUAUGCAGAAGGGGCUGUGGAGGCAGCUCUCACCAAGUGGGCUGAAGCACCGGGGUGCACAGGGGUAGUUAAUAGGCAGACUGUGGGCCAAAUCUGGACCACCAGACACUUUAGAACGGACCCCGAAAUCUUUUUAUUUACCUGUUGUUUGUAUUGCGGUGUGAAAAAUGUGUCUCUGGAAUCUGGACUUGACUAUAGCUUGACCAACAAAUUUGGACCUCAACAGAAAAUAAUUGACUACCCCAACAUAUGGACAGGGACCCAAGUGCCUUCAGUAUUUAUUUACUCUGGGUUCUGUUGGGGAGCCCGGCCCCCAGUCCUACCCCCUUCCUGCCUCUGCUUAUAUGGAACUCUAAUCCUAAUGGCCUGAUCCUGACACUGGCUUCUGCUGCCACCAUCCCUGGCUGUCUCUGUCACCCAGUGUCAUAUUGUUUGACUGGGGCUGCUCACAUGGGGACUGGACCUCACUGAAACUUGGGGCAGGAUAGCAUUGAUACCUCUGGGGGGCUUCUGCUGGGGAAGCCUUUUACAUCCCCCUCUGAGCUCAUAGGAGCCUGGACCCCUGUCUGGAUCUUGUGUCAGGGGCUGCUCCUGGAUGGGUAGGCAGGGGUGCCUUGGAGUUGCCUGACUGCCGUGCUGCAGUGGCAGAUGAAUGGACCAGAGGAGAUGAUGUGACAGUGAGUGUGCUGAGGAGUGAGGAUGGGACAAAGGGUUAAUGGGGACAGGUGAGGGGGUGUUGGUUCUCUGCCAUUAACCAAGCCCCUCAGCCCAUGGCUGCCCCUCUCCCUAGCGCCAGGUUAUGAGCCUCAAUGAAUACGAGAAAACGCCACGGCUCUAAGAACACGGAUCAGGGCGUUUAUCUGGGACCUUCGCAGAUCCAGGAGCUGCCCCCGCCUGCUGCUACCACCGUCGCCUCCUCCCUGUCAUUCCCAGACACCAUGUCGUGUCGCGAUCGCACCCAGGAGUUCCUCUCCGCCUGCAAGUCCUUGCAGAGCAGACAGAAUGGGCUGCAGCUGAACAAACCCGCUCUGAACGCCAUGCGCCAGAGGAGCGAAUUCACCGUCAUAGCCAAGCGCAUCGGGAAAGAUCUCAGCAACACCUUUGCCAAGCUGGAGAAGCUGACCAUCUUGGCCAAGCGGAAGUCCCUGUUUGACGACAAGGCGGUGGAGAUAGAGGAGCUGACGUACAUCAUCAAACAGGACAUCAACAGCCUGAACAAGCAGAUUGCCCAGCUGCAGGACUUCGUGCGGGCCAAGGGCAGCCAGAGCGGGCGGCACGUGCAGACCCACUCCAACACCAUUGUGGUGUCGCUGCAGUCCAAACUGGCCUCAAUGUCCAAUGACUUCAAGUCAGUGCUGGAGGUGAGAACAGAGAACCUGAAGCAACAGCGGAGCCGGCGUGAGCACUUCUCCCGCACCCCGAUGCCCCUUACUGCCAGCAACCUGGGUGGCUCCGCGAUGCUGCAGGAUGAACCACGGCGGGCGGGGGACGUGGCCAUUGACAUGGACAACCGGACGAGCCAGCAGCUGCAGCUGAUUGACGAACAGGAUUCGUAUAUCCAGAGCCGGGCGGACACCAUGCAGAACAUUGAAUCCACCAUUGUGGAGCUGGGCUCCAUCUUCCAGCAGCUGGCGCACAUGGUGAAAGAGCAAGAGGAGACCAUCCAGAGGAUUGAUGCCAACGUGGAGGACGCCCAGCUGAAUGUGGAGGCCGCGCAUUCCGAGAUCCUCAAAUACUUCCAGUCAGUUACCUCCAACCGCUGGCUCAUGAUCAAGAUCUUCCUCAUCCUCAUCGUCUUUUUCAUCAUCUUUGUGGUGUUCCUGGCCUGAACUGUCCCCUUGCACCUGCCCUCCCCCAGCACCUGGAGCCCCCGUCCUCUCUCUGGCGGAGCCACUCAUGGACAUCUAUGCGCUGGACUCUUAGUUCUCACCCAGGUGGGGCAGCCUGGUGCCAGAGGGGCUCUCCCUCCUCACGCUGUGACCUGUGGACUCUGCUACAGCUCUGGGAACUCCCAGGCUGGACGUCCCAGGACUGAGUGGGGGCAGGCAGGUGCCUUGGUUCCCAUGUAUGGUAGCGCCAGGACUCUGCAGCAAAGGGUGCUGCCUGUGGGGUGCUGACACCAGUGUUGGAGGAACCUCUAGUGCUGGGACUCUCACCAGAGCCCACCUCACACCUUGUGUGGGGCUACUCCUCCCCCUAUCCUGCGCAGGGGCUCACCAGCUAUCUACAGCCAGGACUAACUGCCCCCCACCCCCAGCACUCAUCACCUAGCGGCUCUUUGGUGUGCAUGGGGAAGGGGUUGCCCACGGACGUGCCUUCGCCAGCCCUGUGGGGCAUUUGGCUGAGUGACGGGUUAGCCCCGUUCCCCCCACCCUUAGUUUUAUUUUGUGUAUUUAAGUCUCAUCCUUCUCCCAUAGUUAUGAGGCUGCCCCAAGCACAGACUCCCCACUCUGCACCCCUCCCCGGCCACUUGGGCGCCACUGCAGCUGGGGCUGGCCCUGACAGUUGGAUAGGUCUGUCUGUAUGGCUGUCACUGCAGAGGGAGAGGUGGGUGUGUCUCCCCUACACCCCCCUCACGCUGUUGCUCUGUUGCCUAAGUAGCACCACGUGCUGGACUUCCCCAGAGAAGCUCCUGCUGCCAUAGGUGCUCUGAGCCCUGCGCUGAUGGCCCCUCUCUGGGGUAGGCAGCACUGGGCUCCUUGCACCUGAGCUGUGAUUGUGGCGGGGGCGGCAGAGCUCAGUCCUCUCCACUGUGGUCCCUGCGGUGAGCUGUGUGUGGCUCCUUCCCUUAACAUCAUAGGAGGUGCUAGGCCAUGGUGCCCUCCUCACCAUCUCUCUAUAGUCUUGCUAAACCCCAACCCCUUAUGGGGUGAUGCCCCUUCCCCCAGCAGAGUGGGGAGGGGCAGGGGCCUUAUUCCUCUCCCUGCUGGCACUCUCACACAAUGUCCUGUCCAAUGGUUGAUGUAAAUAACCCUGCCCUGGCCGAACCCAGGGCGCUAAGGGCCUGAUCAUGGUGGCUGAGAUGACCCCCGGUCAUGACCCUGCUGUGACCUCAGCCCCCCUUCACCCCCAGGAUUCUUCCCCACAAUCACCUGGUCUUAACAUUCCAAUGUGGGUGCUGCCUCCUCUACCUAAUGAGAAUCCCUUUGCAGUCAGGUGAUGGGGGAGACACAGACCUGUGGGGAAGAGGAGGGGUUUAACCUGCCCCUUCCUGGCUUUUCAGAGUCAGUCUGAAAAGAAAUUAAAGCUUGACUGUAACCCCA